AUGGCUACUACUAUUCCGAAUAUUAACGGCGCCGUCGUAGCCGGAAUUGGUACCGGAACCGAGAUCUCCUGCAAUGCAACUCGCCGAUCUGUCUUCGGCCUUAUGCCUGCACCUUCAACUCUGUCAACCGCUCUUCGUAUUCCGACCGGUUCGCUCUUGAUUAACUCCGGUCCGAGUCGAGCCGGUCGAGUUGACUCAUUCCUUACUGGUUUCACUUUCUCGUCUUCUUCAAUUCGAUCCUUCGCCGCAGAGUCCGCCGGCGAGCAAGUGCAAGCUCAUUCUUCAGCUCAAGGUAUUGAGAACUUGGUAAUAGUAGGAUCAGGUCCUGCUGGGUAUACAGCAGCAAUUUAUGCUGCUCGGGCCAACUUGAAGCCCGUGGUGUUUGAGGGGUUUCAAGUGGGUGGUGUUCCAGGAGGACAAUUAAUGACAACAACUGAAGUAGAAAACUUCCCUGGGUUUCCUGAUGGGAUAACUGGCCCUGACUUAAUGGAUAGGAUGCGACGACAAGCUGAGCGAUGGGGAGGCGAAUUGUUUCAGGAAGAUGUGGAAUUUAUUGAUGUCAAGAACACUCCUUUUACUGUACGAAGUAGUGAACGUAAGAUCAAGUGCCAUAGUCUUAUCAUAGCAACGGGGGCCAGAGCUCAAAGGCUAAGAUUACCUCGUGAAGAUGAAUUUUGGAGUAGAGGUAUUAGUGCAUGCGCAAUUUGUGAUGGAGCAUCACCACUUUUCAAGGGUCAGGUUCUUGCUGUUGUUGGAGGUGGUGAUACAGCUACAGAGGAAGCAAUAUACUUAACAAAGUAUGCAAGCCAUGUCCAUUUACUUGUCAGGAGGGACCAACUAAGGGCAUCAAAGGCAAUGCAAGACAGAGUUUUUAACAAUCCAAACAUCACUGUGCAUUUCAACACUGAGAUUGUUGACGUUGUCAGCAACUCUAAAGGCCAGAUGUCGGGCAUUUUGAUCAGAACAGUUGAUACAGGAGAAGAGUCUGUGCUCGAGGCAAAAGGCCUAUUUUAUGGUAUCGGUCAUUCUCCAAAUAGUAAACUCUUGGAAGGCCAAGUUGAACUUGAUAGUGCAGGCUAUAUAUUAGUCAAGGAGAGCACUGCCAAAACUUCUGUUGAAGGUGUAUUUGCAGCUGGAGAUGUCCAGGAUCAUGAAUGGAGGCAAGCUGUAACUGCAGCUGGCUCUGGAUGUUUAGCUGCUCUAUCAGUGGAGAGAUAUCUUACAAGCAAAAAUCUUCUGGUUGAAUUUCACCAGCCGCAAGCUGAAGAUAAUAAAAAGGAACUUAAGGAGAAAGAUGUUCAAGAAGGUUUUGAUAUAACAUAUGUGAAACACAAGGGCCAGUAUGCUUUGCGGAAAUUGUACCAUGAGAGCCCAAGGCUUCUGUGUGUACUAUAUACAUCGCCAUCAUGUGGUCCAUGCAGGACUUUGAAACCAAUUCUUAGCAAGGUAAUUGAUGAAUUUGACCAGCAUGUCCACUUUGUUGAAAUUGACAUUACUGAAGACCCAGAGAUUGCUGAGGCAGCUGAAAUUAUGGGUACUCCAUGUGUACAAUUUUUCAAGAAUAAGGAAAUGCUCAGGACCAUAUCAGGUGUAAAAAUGAAGAGAGAGUAUAGGGAGUUAAUCGGAGCAAAUAAAUGAGGAUUUAGAGUUAUCUUGUU